CUACGGGAGAAUGGAGGUCAGUCGGAGAUUGGGGAGCGAAGCGUACAGAUUAGAAACGCACCGACUCAUUCCCUCCGCUGCGCCAAAGGUCAAGAAAACAGAACGAUGUCAGUAGCAGCAGGUUUUAUAAUUGGAGCCAGAACCUGUAGAGGCAAGGUAACCGCACAGUGGAUUUACAAAUGUCAGCAGGUGUCAACAAGGGACAUUCGGGCAAGUUCCUGGGAACCGGAAAAUGAAAACCUCAAAGAUAAUGCCCUUGAAUGAAUGGAGUUAAGGGCACAGAGCUCAAAUACUUUUUAGCCUAAAACAUGAGAACAGACUGGGUUAUGGGACAUUACCUCAAGUUUGUUCAAUUUAUGAUUUACUUUUAUUAGACAUUGAUGCUCAACCCUCCGUCAAAUGAGCAACUGUUCUGCCCAGUGUACAGCCUAUGUCCCAGGGUAAACUAGUAAUAACAGUACACAGGAUGACGUGUUGGAAUAGCAGAGGUGUUGUCAUGGCCACCUUUCACCCUGAAACCUUUGGGUCACCUCAGCAGCUCCAAGAAUUCAGCACGGUCAUGUUCAACCUGGCAGAGCAGCAGUCAGGCCGGUUUCGACCUCACCCAGAGGUCCUGUACUCCACCAGGGCUCACAGCUGGAGGAGCAAAAUCAACCAAUCAGACUUCCCACCUCUUCACAGGAGCAGAACGGCCUACUACGACAUCCUCAGAGUGUCCCCAAGUAAAGACCGCCUACUAGAAGCAGUCGUUCAUCUACCACCCAGACAAGAACCCUGACAACGAGGAAGCCAGCCAGCGUUUCUCUGAGAUCAGUGAGGCCUUUAGCGUGCUGGGGAGCAUGGCCCUGAGGAGGAAGUACGACCACAGCAUCUUCAGUGGGUCAGACCAGGAGGCUGGCAGACCCUCUGAACGGGAGUCCACCUACAACACCAGAGCCUCUAGCCCACAGCAGUAUCAACAACAGCAGAGAUCCCCACGGUUCUCCAACGUUGGAGGGAAGGCCAUGUUUGACCUUGAUGCCUUCUUCCAGGCUCACUAUGGUGAGCAGCUGCAGAGGGAGAAGGAGCUCAGGUCCAGAAGGGCCCAGUACCAGCAGAAACAGCAGCAUGAUUAUAAGCAGUGGAAGCUGGGGAAGAUGUUGGAGAUUACUGUAGGGGUGCUGCUGGCCAUCAGGGGUCAGGGGUCAUCUUCACUAUCACCAGGUCCUGAUUGUAGGGGUACUGCUGGCCAUGAGGAGUCAGGGGUCAUCUUCACUAUCACCAGGUCCUGAUUGUAGGGGUGCUGCUGGCCAUCAGGUGUCAGGGGUCAUCUUCACUAUCACCAGGUCCUGAUUGUAGGGGUACUGCUGGCCAUGAGGAGUCAGGGGUCAUCUUCACUAUCACCAGGUCCUGAUUGUAGGGGUGCUGCUGGCCAUCAGGGGUCAGGGGUCAUCUUCACUAUCACCAGGUCCUGAUUGUAGGGGUGCUGCUGGCCAUCAGGGGUCAGGGGUCAUCUUCACUAUCACCAGGUCCUGAUUGUAGGGGUGCUGCUGGCCAUCAGGGGUCAGGGGUCUUCUUCACUAUCACCAGGUCCUGAAAUAGAUCUUAACCAACCUGUCCCUACCUGCCUGUUGAGGUUUUGUUUUUGGACUGGUGGUUUCCCUCUCCACGGGUCCUUCUCACAGCAAACCACUGACAUUUAAGAAGAACACCAGAUACUGAUGUCGUUAAUGGGCCCUACUCUCCACAGUGUCAUUAUCAGAAUUGAUACCAGGCGUUUAGCCUACUUCGUUCCUACACAAUUGAUUAUAGCCACACAUACAUAGUCAAGCUAUUCUUAAAAACUCAAUCAAACCACAAUGGAUUGUUUAUACAGGGAUGUUUUCAUUUAUUAGGAUCCCUAUUGGCUAAAGCAAAUGUAGCAGCUACUGUUCCUGGCGUCCACACAAAACAUGAUACACAUGACAAGAGUACAGAACAGUUAUAGACAACAUAAGAUAAUAUGUUAAGUAAAAAAUAGCAUAAAAGUAAAUUAUGACGACUAAACUGAAUUGUGGUUACUUUUAGAGUUCUCAGAUGACGACCUCAUAACUGGUUCUAUGGGUUCAGUCAGAGUUUGAUAAUGGGGGUGUUUAACAAUGCAGACGAUUUUAAGGUCUAGACUGACUGAUCUACAAAACACCUUGCAUUAUAAAUAACUACUUGAUAUUAUUUGUAGAUCAGUCAGUCACAAUAUACCCAUGAUGCACUACAUGACCAAAAGUGUGUGGACAUCUACUCGUUGAACAUCUCACUCCAAAGUCAUGGCCAUUAAUAUGGAGUUGGUCCCCACUUGCUGCUAUAACAGCCUCCACUCUUCUGGGAAGGCUUUCCACUAGAUGAUGGAACAUUGCUGCUAUAACAGCCUCCACUCUUCUGGGAAGGCUUUCCACUAGAUGUUGGAACAUUGCUGCUAUAACGACCUCCACUCUUCUGGGAAGGCUUCCACUAGAUGUUGGAACAUUGCUGCUAUAACAGCCUCCACUCUUCUGGGAAGCCUUUCCACUAGAUGUUGGAACAUUGCUGCUAUAACAGCCUCCACUCUUCUGGGAAGGCUUUCCACUAGAUGUUGGAACAUUGCUGCUGUAACGACCUCCACUCUUCUGGGAAGGCUUCCACUAGAUGUUGGAACAUUGCUGCUAUAACAGCCUCCACUCUUCUGGGAAGCCUUUCCACUAGAUGUAGGAACAUUGCUGCUAUAACAGCCUCCACUCUUCUGGGAAGGCUUUCCACUAGAUGUUGGAACAUUGCUGCUAUAACAGCCUCCACUCUUCUGGGAAGGCUUUCCACUAGAUGUUGGAACGUUGCUGCUAUAACAGCCUCCACUCUCCUGGGAAGGCUUUCCACUAGAUGCUGGAACAUUGCUGCUAUAACAGCCUCCACUCUUCUGGGAAGGCUUUCCACUAGAUGUUGGAACAUUGCUGCUAUAACAGCCUCCACUCUUCUGGGAAGGCUUUCCACUAGAUGUUGGAACGUUGCUGCUAUAACAGCCUCCACUCUCCUGGGAAGGCUUUCCACUAGAUGCUGGAACAUUGCUGCUAUAACAGCCUCCACUCUUCUGGGAAGGCUUUCCACUAGAUGUUGGAACAUUGCAGCUGUAACGGCCUCCACUCUUCUGGGAAGGCUUUCCACUAGAUGUUGGAACAUUGCUGCUAUAACGGCCUCCACUCUUCUGGGAAGGCUUUCCACUAGAUGUUGGAACAUUGCUGCUGUAACGGCCUCCACUCUUCUGGGAAGGCUUUCCACUAGAUGUUGGAACAUUGCUGCUGUAACGACCUCCACUCUUCUGGGAAGGCUUUCCACUAGAUGUUGGAACAUUGCUGCUAUAACAGCCUCCACUCUUCUGGGAAGGCUUUCCACUAGAUGUUGGAACAUUGCUGCUAUAACAGCCUCCACUCUUCUGGGAAGGCUUUCCACUAGAUGUUGGAACAUUGCUGCUAUAACAGCCUCCACUCUUCUGGGAAGCCUUUCCACUAGAUGUAGGAACAUUGCUGCUAUAACAGCCUCCACUCUUCUGGGAAGGCUUUCCACUAGAUGUUGGAACAUUGCUGCUAUAACAGCCUCCACUCUUCUGGGAAGGCUUUCCACUAGAUGUUGGAACAUUGCUGCUAUAACAGCCUCCACUCUUCUGGGAAGGCUUUCCACUAGAUGUUGGAACAUUGCUGCUAUAACAGCCUCCACUCUUCUGGGAAGGCUUUCCACUAGAUGUUGGAACAUUGCUGCUAUAACAGCCUCCACUCUUCUGGGAAGGCUUUCCACUAGAUGUUGGAACGUUGCUGCUAUAACAGCCUCCACUCUCCUGGGAAGGCUUUCCACUAGAUGCUGGAACAUUGCUGCUAUAACAGCCUCCACUCUUCUGGGAAGGCUUUCCACUAGAUGUUGGAACAUUGCAGCUGUAACGGCCUCCACUCUUCUGGGAAGGCUUUCCACUAGAUGUUGGAACAUUGCUGCUGUAACGGCCUCCACUCUUCUGGGAAGGCUUUCCACUAGAUGUUGGAACAUUGCUGCUGUAACGGCCUCCACUCUUCUGGGAAGGCUUUCCACUAGAUGUUGGAACAUUGCUGCUGUAACGACCUCCACUCUUCUGGGAAGGCUUUCCACUAGAUGUUGGAACAUUGCUGCUGUAACGGCCUCCACUCUUCUGGGAAGGCUUUCCACUAGAUGUAGGAACAUUGCUGCUGUAACGGCCUCCACUCUUCUGGGAAGGCUUUCCACUAGAUGUAGGAACAUUGCUGCUGUAACGGCCUCCACUCUUCUGGGAAGGCUUUCCACUAGAUGUUGGAACAUUGCUGCUGUAACGGCCUCCACUCUUCUGGGAAGGCUUUCCACUAGAUGUAGGAACAUUGCUGCUGUAACGGCCUCCACUCUUCUGGGAAGGCUUUCCACUAGAUGUUGGAACAUUGCUGCUGUAACGGCCUCCACUCUUCUGGGAAGGCUUUCCACUAGAUGUAGGAACAUUGCUGCUGUAACGGCCUCCACUCUUCUGGGAAGGCUUUCCACUAGAUGUUGGAACAUUGCUGCUGUAACGGCCUCCACUCUUCUGGGAAGGCUUUCCACUAGAUGUUGGAACAUUGCUGCUGUAACGGCCUCCACUCUUCUGGGAAGGCUUUCCACUAGAUGUAGGAACAUUGCUGCUGUAACGGCCUCCACUCUUCUGGGAAGGCUUUCCACUAGAUGUUGGAACAUUGCUGCUGUAACGGCCUCCACUCUUCUGGGAAGGCUUUCCACUAGAUGUAGGAACAUUGCUGCUGUAACGGCCUCCACUCUUCUGGGAAGGCUUUCCACUAGAUGUUGGAACAUUGCUGCUGUAACGGCCUCCACUCUUCUGGGAAGGCUUUCCACUAGAUGUUGGAACAUUGCUGCUGUAACGGCCUCCACUCUUCUGGGAAGGCUUUCCACUAGAUGUUGGAACAUUGCUGCUGUAACGGCCUCCACUCUUCUGGGAAGGCUUUCCACUAGAUGUUGGAACAUUGCUGCUAUAACAGCCUCCACUCUUCUGGGAAGGCUUUCCACUAGAUGUUGGAACAUUGCUGCUAUAACAGCCUCCACUCUUCUGGGAAGGCUUUCCACUAGAUGUUGGAACACUGCUGCUGUAACGGCCUCCACUCUUCUGGGAAGGCUUUCCACUAGAUGUUGGAACAUUGCUGCUGUAACAGCCUCCAUUCUUCUGGGAAGGCUUUCCACUAGAUGCUGGAACAUUGCUGCUGUAACGGCCUCCACUCUUCUGGGAAGGCUUUCCACUAGAUGUUGGAACAUUGCUGCUGUAACGGCCUCCACUCUUCUGGGAAGGCUUUCCACUAGAUGUUGGAACAUUGCUGCUAUAACAGCCUCCACUCUUCUGGGAAGGCUUUCCACUAGAUGUUGGAACAUUGCUGCUAUAACAGCCUCCACUCUUCUGGGAAGGCUUUCCACUAGAUGUUGGAACACUGCUGCUGUAACGGCCUCCACUCUUCUGGGAAGGCUUUCCACUAGACGUUGGAACAUUGCUGCUGUAACAGCCUCCAUUCUUCUGGGAAGGCUUUCCACUAGAUGCUGGAACAUUGCUGCUAUAACAGCCUCCACUCUUCUGGGAAGGCUUUCCACUAGAUGUUGGAACAUUGCUGCUAUAACAACCUCCACUCUUCUGGGAAGGCUUUCCACUAGAUGUUGGAACAUUGCUGCUAUAACGGCCUCCACUCGA